CGUAAGAAGACCUCGUCCUUUGUUCACCAAAUCAAUGCAUUUGCCUCCGCAACAUACGGAAUCACGGUUGGCAAUCAAACGCGAAGCUCGUGCCACCAAACAGUAAUCUUCUCAGUCUCGCUCCUUGCGACAAACCUGUUGUUGACCAAAGGGCGACAACGGACCUGUUAAAGGGUGAUACACACAGAAAGAGCCUGAGGAGGCAGCUCGGAGCUGCUGUGCUGCGGAGCGAAAGAGCGGGGCCCAAGAAUCAUGUCGAUGUACGUGCGCGUCAAGCGGCAAAAGACCACAUAUUUCCUUCAUGUGGAGCCCACGGACACUGUUCUUGAGGUGAAGCAAAAGCUGCAGGAGCUUGUAGAUCAGCCUCCCGAGAGCCAGCAGCUGUUCAAGGGGCAGGCGGUAUUAGAAGACGCACGGAAGCUCAUCGACCUCAAGGUGGAGAACGAUGACGUGCUGGCCCUGUGCUACCUCCAACCAGAUGGCAGUUUCGAGCCCAUCAACAUCGCCACCUUUGAGACGGACAAGCCGGAGUAAAGGAGUUGUCAUUUGCUAGCGUUGGUGGUCGUGGAUCGGCACCAAACGGCAUGGGUGGAAGUGUGGUCACGGCGAUCAUUUCUCAGGUCCUCCACGUUUCAGGGGUGGGAUUGUGGACGUGCGGUAUGCGAGACGCGUGUUGUUGGGAGGUGAUGAAGUUUACUGAGCUGCGCAUGGAAGCUAUUUGAUGAAUGACGAGAGCGCCAGUACGAAAGUGAACGUGUUCAGAAGGGAAACUGUUGGAAAGUCACGAGGAGUCUGUCAAGGCGUCCAAACUUACGACAUGGCCUUUCGGCCCUUCGGCACUGGCCCCUCUUGUCAACAGCUUAAAUCCCGUCGC